AUGUCGCCAAUCAUGCCGCUUGUCGGUGACACCUGCCCCAAGGAAGAUACCCCCUCCUACUAUUUGGUCGUCUACAAGACUGAGUGGGAGGUUGAACCUAAAUUGCAAAAGAAUAAUAAAAGAAUAUUGAAAAUGCCUCCUAAAUAUCUAUCUGGAGCUCAAAAGAGAAAAAUGAAACAAAGGGAGGAAGCAUUAACUCAAAGUCAAGCCGGUGAUAUUAACAAAUAUUUUAUUAAAAGUAGCAGAAUAGAAAGAGAAGAAUUUGGGGAUAAUUUGGUGAUUGAAGAACAAAGCCACAAUGAAAAUGAAGAAUUGGUUGAAGCUGCCAAUUUGAUUGAGUCGAAUGAAAACGUAGAAGAAGACUCUCAACUUGAAAAAUUAAAUUCGACUAUGAAUUUGGAGGAUCCUGGAAAUUGGAAUAACAUUGAUAAAAAAUUGAGAGAUUACUUAAUUGAAAUGGGUCCAAAAAGAGUGAAUGAUUUUUUGUUUCCUAAGGAUAGUAACAAUAGGCAUUUUGAUUCAUCACAUUAUACACGAGUAAUGGCAAAUGGACAAACAUUGGAUAGAAGAUGGCUUGUAUAUUCUAUUUUAUUGGAUAAAAUAUUUUGCUUCUGUUGCAAGUUGUUCAAGACUGAACAAAUGAUGAGUAGAAUGGGGAAUUUGGGUAAUGAUGGAUACAAAGACUGGCGUAAUAUGCAUAGAAGUCUUAAACAACAUGAAGCUAGUAGAGACCAUAUGGAUUGCAUGAUUGCUUGGGUUGAAUUAGAAAAGAGGCUGAAAAAAAAAAAUCAAACAAUUGAUUACAGUAUGCAACUUCAAAUCAAUAAAGAAAGACAACAUUGGAGGCAAGUGUUAACAAGAAUAAUUUCCAUUGUGAAAACACUUGCCAAAAAUACUUUGACAUUUCGAGGGGAUGAUGAGAAACUUUAUGUCGAGAACAAUGGGCUAUUUUUGCAAAUGAUAGAAAUAGUUGCUGAGUUUGAUCCAGUGAUGGAGGAGCAUGUUCGACGUUGUGAAGCAAGAGAAUCUCAAUAUACAUAUUUUAGUCCAAAAAUUCAAAAUGAACUGAUAGAGACUUUGGCAAAUGAAGUGAAAAGGGCAAUCAUUGCAAAAGUUAAACAUGCAAAAUAUUUUCAGUAA